AUGACCUUCCAAGCAGCUAUGAAUCAAGUAUUCAAGCCUUACUUGCGCCAAUUCGUUAUUGUGUUCUUCGACGGCAUAUUGGUGUAUAGUAAGUGUGAUUCCGAGCAUAUCCAUCACUUGAGAUUGGCUUUCAAGUUACCGCAGGAGUAUCGAUUUUAUGCCAAAGCCAGUGGAUGUUCUUUUCUUCAGUAUACUAUUGAUUAUUUGGGGCAUAUGGUUUCUUCUCAAGGGGUAGAAGCAGAUCUGUCCAAGAUUGAGGCCAUGCUUGGUUGGCCACAACCACAGAAUAUUAAGCAGGUUCAGGGAUUCUUGGGUCUCACAGGAUAUUAUCGGAGGUUUGUGGCUCACUAUGCAUUCAUUGCAGCACCUUUCACUGACCUGUUAAAGAAGGAAAAGUUUGCUUGGAGUGAAUUCGCUGCUUGUGCUUUUACCCCCAACUCAAAAUGGCAAUGA